AUGUCUACCAGCACAGAUAAUGAUAUUAUUAGUCUUAACUUCCGCUACCAUAAUGCAGGAAAUAAGAAUGUAAUUUUCGUGAUUGAGAUUUCCAAGGAUAAAACAGUCUCUGAUCUUGAAGAAGAAACUCCUGAUGAAGACCGUAUCCAUAUUUGA